AUGGGAACCCGGAACGUCCCUCACAUUGUCCUCACAUUCCUCAUGUCGCAAAUAAUCACAACGACCGCCAUGAGUUUCGACUACGUGAUUGUAGGCGGCGGUACCUGCGGUCUUGUCCUUGCCAAUCGACUCUCUGAGGAUUCCAAUAUUACGGUUGCGGUAAUCGAGCCAGGAGAGGAUGUACGGAACAACCCCAAUGUCACUGAUCCAGGAAACUUUAUUGUUGCUUUCGAUACCUCGAUCGACUGGAGCUAUCCGUCGACGGCCCAACCCGGUGCAGCAAACCGGUCUUUCACCUUCCACUCGGGCAAGGCCAUUGGUGGGACGAGCACGAUAAAUGGCAUGACUUACAUUAGGGCUGACGCUGCCGAAAUUGACGCAUGGGAGACUCUGGGGAAUGAAGGGUGGAACUGGGCCUCACUGCUUCCAUACUACAAACGGACAGAGCGAUUUACGCCGCCCACUAAGACACAGACUGAUUUCGGUGCCAGUUUCAAGCCAGAGUAUCACGGUAAUCAUGGCGACUUGAACGUAGGGUUUCGUUACGCUCUGCCGAAUGGGUCAUUCCAUGAGCUUGUACAGAAGAGCUGGGAGCACCUCGGGUACCCAGUCAACCCAGAGGUUAACAGUGGUGAGACGCGUGGAUUUGACGUUUGGCCAAUGACCAUCGAGAGAGAGUCAGAUCUGAGAUGGGAUUCGGCCAGAGCAUAUUUCUACCCGGUCCAGGGCCGAGCCAAUCUUGUUGUCUUUAAGGGAACUGCUUUGAGCAUUGAAAUGGAUACAAAGCUCGUGAGCACAUUUAAGAAAGCUACCGGUGUGCGAUACAUCGACGGCAAUAAUGUCACGAUUAACGUGGGUGUCGAUAAGGAAGUGAUUCUUUCUGCCGGGGCGCUUCGGACUCCUUUAGUCCUCGAGAUGUCCGGGAUUGGCAAUUCUCAGGUCCUCGGAGACAUUGGUGUAAAGACGAUCAUUGAUCUACCUGGGGUUGGCGAGAACCUUCAGGAGCAACCGAACAGCAAUCUCAUCUUCGAGGGAACUUUGAACGUGACUGGCUAUGCUACGUACGCGACAUUUGGAAAUGCCGAAGACCUUUUUGGACCUGUGAAAAACGCUGUUUCGGACGAGGUCAGCGCGAAUUUGACUGCUUAUGCUGAAUAUGCGGCUUCCAGAUCUCGGGGUGGUCUAAACGUGUCUGCCCUCGAGGAAAUCUUUCGGAUACAGCACGACCUGAUAUUCAAAAAGAAUGUCACCAUAGCCGAGACUAUUACAGCAUCUUCUUCAGGCUACCUCCUGACGGCUUGGUGGUGUCUAUUGCCCUUUUCCAGAGGCAGGGUGCACCUCGCCACAUUGGACGCGAUUGACUCCCCGUUGAUUGAUCCGCAAUAUUUUAUUGCGGAUAUAGAUCUGACUACACAAAUCGCUAUUGGAAAGCAGGCACAGUCUUUUUGGAACACACAUCCUAUUGCAGAAUAUAUUUCUGGAAACCUCACGGCUGAUCCGGCGACGGACGAGGAUUGGGCUGAGUACAUCAUCAAUACUUUCGAGCCGAAUUAUCAUCCUAUUGGCACGGCAUCGAUGAUGGCUAGGGAAUUGGGUGGUGUUGUCGACCCCAAUUUGAAGGUAUACGGAACAAGCAACGUGCGCGUGGUAGAUGCGUCGGUGCUCCCGAUACAGAUCAGCGGCCAUCUUACUGCCACUCUUUACGCAAUUGCAGAAAGGGCAUCAGACAUUAUCAAGCAAAGUCUCUAG